AUGAAGAUUACGGAUAAAUUGCAACAGGCUCAUCUGUGCAAGGUGGGUGGCUCGGCUCCUCCAGCCACUUUUUCUUUCGAGUUCUUUGUGCCCAAAACUUCCCAAGGUUUACAGAACUUAUACGACAGAAUGGACAGAAUGUACGAUUUGAAUCCGAUUUUCAUCGACAUCACCUGGAAUGCUGGCGGGAGGUCUUCUACUUUGACUAAUGAAAUGGUUUACACGGCCCAGUCAACUUUGGGCCUUGAGACUUGUAUGCAUUUGACGUGUACCAAUAUGCCCGUGUCUUUGAUUGACGAGGCCUUGGAAAAAGCCUUCAAGUCAGGAUGCCAAAACAUCUUGGCGUUACGUGGAGACCCUCCAUUGGAUGGCUCAGAGUCUACAGGAGACUUCAAAUAUGCGAAAGACUUGAUCGUAUACAUUCGCAAAAGAUAUGGUGACCAUUUCAACAUUGGUGUCGCUGCCUACCCUGAGGGCCAUCCUGAGGAACAAAAUUCACCUAAUUUGUUGAAGUAUUUGAAGGAGAAAGUGGAUGCGGGUGCCGAUUUUAUCAUUACACAAAUGUUCUACGAUGUAGACAACUUUAUUGCGUGGUGUGCCAAGUUGCGGGAGCUCGGAAUCACGAUUCCAAUUAUCCCGGGAAUCAUGCCUAUUUCGACCUACUCUGCCUUUAUUAGGAGAGCUAACUGGUCGCAGGUGGCCAUUCCCCAACACUUUUUGGAUGCAUUGAAUCCGAUUAAAGAGGAUGACUAUGCUAUCAGAGAAGUCGGAACACAGUUGGUAAGUGAAAUGUGUCAAAAGCUCAUCGAUUCCGGCUAUGUUAACCAUUUACACUUCUACACUAUGAAUUUGGAGAGAUCGACCGUGAUGAUUUUGGAGAAGUUGAACUUGGUGGAAUCUAUCAAGGACAACGACGCGGUUGUGGAAAUCUUGCCCUGGAGAAAAUCUUUGAACCCAAGCAGAUCGAAAGAGUCCAUCAGACCAAUUUUCUGGCAAAACAGAAAGUAUUCGUAUAUCUCGCGUACUUCAGGUUGGGAUGAGUUUCCUAAUGGUAGAUGGGGUGAUUCCAGAUCGCCCGCGUUCGGUGAUAUUGACCUUUCUGCAUCCGAAUUGUUAAGGCAAUCCCCCAAGAGAGCGUAUGAGUUGUGGGGAUGUCCUCAGACGCUUAAUGAUUUGUCUGAUAUCAUUGUUUCUUACUUGAACAAUGAGGUUAAGGCCUUGCCAUGGUCCGAUGGGCCUAUUGGUGAAGAUACUACGGUUUUGAAGGAUGCGUUGAUCGCCCUUAAUAGAAAAGGUCUUUUUACUUUGAACUCGCAACCUGCUCUUAGUGCAGUAAGAUCCAACGAUAAGUUGUACGGUUGGGGCCCCAAAAAUGGUUUUGUGUACCAGAAACAGUAUUUGGAGUUCCUCGUCCGUAAAGAUAAGUUGAAAGAAUUGUUGGAUAUUGUUGAAAAGCACAAUGCUAAAGACACGUAUGGUCUCAUCACAUAUUAUGCUGUGGAUAAGAGUGGGAAUUUGCAUACCAACUCGAAAAACGACGAUAUCAACGCUGUUACCUGGGGUGUCUUCCCUGGUGAAGAGAUCUUGCAACCCACAAUUGUCGAAAAAGUUUCAUUCUUAGCAUGGAAGGACGAGGUUUACUCUUUACUUGACGAGUGGAUCACGAUUUUCCACAGCAAGGCCAUCACAGAUAUUGUUCCUGAGGACAAGAUCAACAAAUUCGAUGAUUUAAUCAAGUCCUUUGGCGAGAAUUUUGUCUUGUGUAAUUUCGUCAACAAUGAUUUCACAAGUGACAACAAUGUCAUGUUCAACUUAUUGAACAGUCUCAGCGGGUCAUGCUUGUAA